UGCAGUCAGAAAUUGGAAACAUUCGGUGAGCAUUCUAAUGUCACAAGCGAAGCUCGAAGUGCGGGUAUAUUUUUACCCCGCUGUGGUUUCAAUCAGAAAAGUAUCGAUAGCUGGGGACCACUCGACUUCAGAGAAGUAUUCUCGCUACUGAUACUGUUGAUGUGGACUAUCUCUGUAUCUCUAUCUCUUGAUACUUCUAUCAGAAAGUUUCCUCCCCUCGUACUCGCUUGGGCAUAUUCCAUGAAUAAGGUUGACACUGUAGACCUCCGUUUGCAGGGAGGGAAGAGGCCUAGAGGCUAGAGCACAAGAAGGGAGGCCCUAGAUAUUGGGCGUAUGCUUGGGCUUGAUGACGGUGGUGGUGCUGAGUCAGCCGCGUCUGAAGUCUGAAAUCUGAAGGUGGGUGGUUCGAGGGGGAGACAGCCGUUAGAGAACCCCUGAAACCAACUGUGGGGAGGGUUCAACAUACUCCGUACUCCAUGCGUGGUCCCUUCCAAAGGCAACUGCGUCCGUACUGUGUGUGUCAACUGCCCAAAAACUUAAUCUGUUCUAUUAAAAAAGGAGUUAGGGACUCGUGAAUCCGACGACCUGGCUCACGCCCAAAUUCCACUCACCAUCUGCAAGCUUAAGCCAAUCUGCAACCUGCCAUCCACAUAUCUCGUCCAUCCGCAUUUAGCGCUGUGCCCCGCGCCCGAUUGCAUUCACGACUCCUCAUAUAUUGGCAAUCUGCAGAACUGACAUCUCUAGUUCUCUGGCACGGCACAUCAGACCGAGCAGUUUGAUUGAACACCGCAAGUAGAUAAACACCAGGAGCACGCGACCGCUGCCAUGGAGGAGGCCACAUAUCAAGGGAAGGAGGAGAAGAAGGCAAAGAAUCGCUUCAUGGGCAAGCUGUUCAAGGAGAAGGAAAAAAAGGAGAGAGACGUGGGAGUCAGUGUUGACGACUUUCUCGGCCCAGCGGCGAAUGCAUUCUCUGCAGGCCAGCAGCACUCCAACCAACCGCAAUUGGGUCGGAUUGAUACCUCCAAUGCCUCUCGAUGGCCCACUGCCGCUGAAAUCACCAAUAUAAGACAGCCACGCAGACGAUCCGCCAGCCCAAAGAGAAGCAGAAAGGGACUGAUGGUUCGGUUUGCAAACGAAAAGCCAGAGAUCAUUGGGGAGGGAGGAGACGAAGCCAUGGCCCCCGUUACAGAGAUUGGAGCCCGUCGGAGAUCUAAUACACAUCCAACGACUGGGCAGCCAGUAUCCCAUACUCAACACAAUCAAUACAAUCAGCCUAUGCAACAAAGUCAACCAAGCCAGCUGCCACCAGAUUUCCGGGGCCAUAGCUCAAAUGCCGGUGUAGAGAACCCCGCAAAUUUGGAUACAGGAGACUUUUUCCAACCAAAGUCUCUUUCACGGAGUCUGACUGGCUACCAAUCACGGCCGGUCGAUAAUGAUUCGGUGGAAAGUUUUGGGAGUGGCUAUCCAGAAGCUCCGGCAGGAAAUGAAAUUGGGAAUGGCUCAAUGAAUCAAGCCCCCACCAAUCCUGACGACUACGAACCAACCUCCUUUGCCGCGAGAGUCAGAGCAGAAAUGCGGUCCGGCGAGGGAAGAGCAUUGAUGCAAAAUAAGGAUGAAGGAAGCCAGGCAGAAGAUCCAGAAUUGUCACCACAAAUGAAGCAGCUGCGUAUUAAUACUAUGCGAAAUAGCAUCAUCUCCCCAUCCACAACUGAUAUCCCUGAUUCGCUGCACCCAGGCGCAAACCAAGUGUAUAAACCUUAUCAAGGAGGCUCUUCAGUUAUGGAAAGUCCAGCUCAAAUGUCUCGUUCUUCAACGGCACAAGGAAGCUUCACUGAGAGCCCUGUUCCCCGCUCAUCGCUUUUAAGCAAUUCGGCUCAGCAAAGCUAUGCUGGAAGUUCCGCUUCAUUAUCCCGCAGUAACACAACUUUGCAAGGAGCUGCCCUCGCAGUCGCUGAUGAAGCCGUACAGGAAUUCUCUUCACGCGUCAAACAUAUGUUCACUUUAUUUCGCUUAUCUACCGAGUCUGUUAAGCCGCUCACGAAUUGCACCAUGGAAGAACUCACUAGAAUUUCUCUAUGGUGGUUUCUGAAAGGUAGAAUGAACCUGGAGAAUACGGUACGGGAUAGGCCUUCGUCACAGGAAGGCCAAAAGCGCAGGCUUUUCGCACUACAACAAGCCCAUGCGGAUCUUGCCAAAUCCUUAUGGAUCAACGAGACGGUUGCCGGGCAGCGCCGGGAGAUAUUGGACCCUCAUGGAGCAGAAAAAGACCCGAAUUUGGCUUCUGUCGUGGAGGUCAGGCAAAGUAUUUUAUCUAGCUUGAGAAAGUUGGCCAUGUCCAUGAAGAGGAACGGCUUUAUGCCUGCGGAUCCCAACGAGACGCAAUUGGCACAGGGGAUAGACAACUCGAUCUGGGCACCACAUGAAGGAAGUCAAUAUUUGGUCUCAAGUCAGCGGCCUAAUCUGACGCUAGGUUUAUCUGAUUCAUUCCCACUCGGAGAUACCAACAGAGACUUUCACUUUGGUCGAAUGUUUGUAGACGCGGUACUGUCAGAAGACGCCGAACAUUAUCGGUGCCCAGUAUUGGUAUCCUUAGUCCGCGGACACAAGGAGAAAGAAAUUUCUGCCAUCAUUGCGAGUCAAGACGGCGGUUUGAAAUUGUGCAUCUCUUCAGAUAGCAGUCGUGGGCCUACAUGGAAUGACGUAUCUUGGCAACAGAAGAGUGACUCCAUCAGAGUAGCUUUGCCGAGAGGAUUUACUCUUCGUCUUAACUGCUCUGAGCAAGAUUACCGAAUGAUAUUGGGUUUAUACGAGUACCAGGUCAAGGUGCACUCCGCUCUCGUUCAGCGCCGAGAUGAACUGAUAAUAUUCGAAGUCAUUCUCAGGAGUUUCCAGUACAUCGAUAGUAACCCAGAGUCUAGAUUCCCCAAGGAGUCAUUACCACAAUGUCAUUUCAGAUUAUUUGAAAAGUCAGAAACUUUGCCCGGUGCAUCUGGUGCCGUUACCUUUCACCGAGGAUACCGGAUCGCUCUGAAUACCCACCCAAAGACAAAGAACAGUAGAUCCAUUGAUGAAAAUUUGCCACCAACCCUCCCAAUUCAGUUUGGCUUUCUUCGUGGAGAAGAUGGCGCGCCCGCCAUGCUACUGAAGAUCGUGACGCCAAAAUCGAAUUACAAGGCAAUUUUGACUUUUGAGGACCCUUCUGAGAGAGGCCGUCUCCACGAACUCAUCACUGGUACUGCGCUCGGACGUAGCGAGCAAGUCGUUGCCGAAGCACCAUUACGAGCAUUUUCCCUUUCAGCUUACUCCCGAGACACCAAAGACCUGAAUUGUUUCAAAACACUGGAUUGGAAAGGAUAUCGCGUGAUUAACGAAGACGAAGGUGAUCUGGAAAGCAACAAGGCUGUUCUUUCUACGCACUUGCGCGUAGCUCUUGAUUUCCAAACUGGUAGUCUUACAGAUAGAGUCAAUGUUGGAACAGGAGAGUUGAAAAUUCGUCUCGAUGUCAAAAGCUCGAAGGAACUGAAAAUCUUCCGAGAGCCUCAGCAAGAUAUCACUCUUUCAGUUGUUGAAUCCCAAGUUUCUCAUGAACUUCCACACGAACUCGCACAGCUGCUGGAUUCUGUGGCCAAAGCCCAAUCGGUUCGCACUUAUCUUUUCCCUAGCAUUUCGGACUUACACCUUUUCCAAGCUGCGCUUACCGGAUUUGUUGUUCUCUAUGAUGGUAUGGCUACGUCGUUCAACAUCGCUCGCAGAAGGAUGGUGGUGCCGAUCUACAAGAAAUGGGAUGCCAAUGCAACCCGCCUGCAAGUUGUCCGACGCGAGAAGGUGAUACAACUUCUCGCAUUCUUCGAGGGCUUUAGUCAUGGCGACUGCAUGAGUUUCCCACUUAAAUCUACCGAUAUUUUUGAAACUGGGGGAAAGAGCGGAAAAUGGGCAUUGAAGAUUGUGGAUGCAAAGUUUGCUAUGCCUAAGCCGAAGAAGCAGGAGGGGGUCAGUGAUCAUGAGUUUCUUUGCCUGGAUGUCCCCGAGUUUCCGGGAGAACAUGAUGAUAUCACGAUUAUUUUUGAAACAGAAUCUGGUAUGUUUUCCCCCUUUGGUGGUUUUGUGUCACCUUCCUCUAUUGCGGGGUUCUUUUGACUAAUCAUCACAUUGUCGACAGAGCGUGAUAGAUUUACCCAAACUCUUCCAGCUCAGGCCAAGUUGGCAUCUCGGUUGGGAUCUGUGAGGAGAUAGACGAUUAGAAGAUCGAAAGCUUUUUCCCUUUUUGAAUGUAUGAGCGAGUCUUUACGUUCUUUUAUAGUGGCAUCAUUGGAAGCAAAUCAGCAGGUAAGCAAGCGAGGGACCUGACACUUUCAAUGUUUUUUUUCGUUGGAUAUAGAUUCACCGUUCGUAUGGGAAAGAGGCAUUUUCAUGGCGUUGUUAUGGGGAAUGGACACUCAUUUUUGUGUGUUUGUUCUUGAUGCUUUUAAGCGUAGUACAGAGAAGUAAGCAAAGACGGAUGAUAUCCAUGGAUGCGAGGUAUGUUGAAGAGAUGAGAGCUAGAUAGAGCGAUGAGCA